AUGAAGUUAGAUAAUACUAUUGUUGCCUUAGUUACUGGUGGUACUAGUGGACUCGGUGAAGCUACAGUCUAUGCUCUUCUUGAAAAGGGAGUUAGAGUUUUUAUUGCUGACAGAAACGAAGAAAAGGGUCUCUAAAUCCAAACCAAGUACGGCUAGGACAGAUGCAGAUUCCAAAAGUGUGAUGUUUCUGAUGAAGCUUAAGUCAAGGCUUUGGUCGAUGCUUGCGUUGCCACUUUCGGUGCCAUUCAUAUCCUCCUCAACUCAGCUGGUGUUAUCUCUGCUGGUCUUAUUGUCGGUGGAAAGAACUAAGACCAAACCAUCAAGACUGAAGAAAUGAAUAGAGUAUUAGGUGUCAAUGUUGUUGGAACUUUCAACGUUACUAAGUAUGUUGCAUUAUAAAUGGUUAAGCAAUAACCCUUAAACGAAUUCAAAGAAAGAGGUGUUAUUGUUAACGUUGCCUCCGUUGCUGGUAUUGAAGGUCAAAGAGGUCAAACUGUCUACGCUGCCUCUAAGGGUGCCAUCAUCGGUAUGACCCUCCCUCUUGCUAGAGAUCUUGGUAAGUUCGGUGUCAGAGUUUGCACUAUUGCUCCUGGUAUUUUCUAAACUCCUAUGGGUGCAGGUAUGUCUGACAAAAUUAUUGAAGCUCUCUCUAAAGCUUCUGCUUUGGGAAGAGUUGGAAAUCCUACUGAAUUCGCUGAUGCUAUCCUUGGUUUGGCCACUAACUCUUUUGUUACUGGUUCCAUUUUCAGACUUGAUGGUGGUAUCAGAUUACCUCAUAUGUGA